AUGGCCCGCGAGAAGCGCAUUGCCCAUAAAUCACAAAACUCCCUCAGCGACGCAAACCGUGAUAUUACUUCCGCCCAGGCGAAGCUCAUUCGCAACCAGAACACACAUGAGCACCGUCAAGCUCUCGUGAACUCAUCAGUGCCAGAAGAGACACUCGUAUCAGUCGGCUUCGCCGCCCAGAUCGUCGACGAAGCACAGAAGUCAAAGUGUCAGGCCGACUUGGAAAAGGCUCGUAGUAUUCUUGACAGGCGCCAAAAAGGCCAACCAGUCUCGUGGGUCGAACUGGAAUGGACGAAGACACUGUGCGCCAGGGAAGCAAAGCUGGAGGGAGCAGAGAUGACGGAUGUUACAGCGACCGACAUGAAGAAGCAGCAGUGGCAGCAAGAUCAAGAGCGGAAGAUUCAGGAGAUCAGCGCUGCGAACAAGCAUCCCACUUGGACUACUCGUAUGCUCCUCAGAGCUCGGCUGGGUGAGGGAGACAAGUCGGAUCCAGGGUCUGACAGCGACUUGAGUAAUGCAAGUGGAGUCUCUGGUGGCGCUACGCCUGAGCCUGCUCGUGUCUCGCAGAAGAAGAGUUCGGCUCGCGAGCCUGAAGAUGACAAUGGUGGUAGCGAGAAGAAAGACGAGGACAACGCUGUUUCCCAGGCACAACCUCAAGAUCCCCUCCCUCCUCCGAUGAGCGAUGCCAACAACAAUAUGACAGCUAAACGGAACGCGGAUGAAGACUCUGAUGUGGACAUCUGGGAUGACGAUGUCUGGGCUCUGAUGAUCAAGGCCGACUAG